GAUUACACAGUUUUAUUAAUUUUAUUUGUUCUUUAUUACAUUCCUAAGCACAUAUCGACCAACGUUUUUUAAAAGUCGAUUGCCAUUUUUUGAAUAGAAAUGACUCCUUUAUGGGGUGCGGUUAUUGUUAUUUUCCUGGCACAGAAAGGCUGUUUUGGGGAUUUUUUGGCAGACAUUCAAGAAAGUUGUGCUGCUGAUGGAAGCUGUUGGAAUUAUUACGAAAUCAAUUAUCUGCCAAUAACCGAAGAAGAUUUAAAUUCUUAUUGUCCAUUGGCGACUAAAAAUCUGUGGUGCUUAAUAGGGGACUGUAUGAGAAGAAAUUUUCGUGGCACAAUUGUACCAAGUAAUAAAUCUGCAGAUAUCAUGCAUACCGUAUUGGAUAUGACAAACAUUUUGAUUGAUAUUUGUACUCCAGACAGUGAACUGCGUAAAAAUUAUCUAUCCAGUAUUCCUUGCUUCAAUGUGGUGUUGAGAAGUAAAAGAGUCGGUUACAAAUGCAACGUAAAAGCCUUUGAAGUUUACGACAACUACAUACAGUCGUUGGAUCGUUUUGUUGAUGAAGACUCCGAAGAAAUGCGAAGGGAUAAAGAUUGUCUGACAACUGCCUAUUCAUUGGCCUGCUUGGCUGCAGAGACAAAAGAAACAUGUGGUGAAGACAAAAGCAAUAUGGUCAUGGACAUUCUAAAUCGAGCCAAGAUUCUUAAAUUCGUCGGCUGCACGGAUGAGAACAUUGAGGAAUUAAACACUACAUUUUUCGACUUCCUCAAUGUGAAAGAAUAGAAGAGAUUUUUUUUUCAUUUUUAAAUCCACAAAUAGAUAAAAAUCAAUGAAAUUGUCUGUUAAAAAUAAAUAAUAAAAAUGUCAAUAAAUAAUGUUAUUUGUAUGCUCAUUUAA